AUGGACUCUUUGCCUACCGAGCUGCUGCGAUACGUCUUCGCUUACUCCGAUGCCGCGUCUGUCCGGGCUCUGCGGCGCGUAAGCCGUACCCUCGCCGAGGUUGGCUACGACUUUGUCCUGGGGCCUAACUUCCGCGCGCUCCCGUGGAGGAACGACAUCGACCGCCUCCACAACAUUGCUCUGCACGAGCGCCUGAGGGGUAAAAUCACCUCGGUGGCCCUGUGCAUGGGCGAGCUGUCGCCCUAUGAUGCCAGACAUGCUUCUAUGGCACAUCACUUCCUGAUGGACCCCGAGUCACGAGCCCAAUUGCUGCAAAGUGCCUGGAAGGAGUAUUCCGAGAUCGAGAAGCAAAGGCAAGUCGUAGGCGCCUUACAUCUCAAGACGGACGACUUGCGAGAGGCGUGCUCGGCGCUGCCCAACCUCCGCGAAUUUGUAGUCAACUUCACAGACUGCCCGUUUGACAACGAGGUCUUGGAAAAGGUGUUCCACGAGCCAAACUGCCGGAAACUCGAAUACCCAGAGGUUUACCAGAACCUGGAUGCCAUCAUCCUCGCCUUGCAUGGCAUCCAGCUCUCCUCGUUCAAGAUUGAUCGAUUCCCCCUGGAAAUGUUUGGCAAGAACCCGCACCGGCGGCACUGGUUCUCACAUGCGCAAUCCUUCAACAGUCUUUCCACGCUGCACCUCACCCUGGACCCAUCCAAACUGCAAGGCCCCAGUGCAGCUUUCAGGUCGGUCAACGGGCUGGGCGGCUUCCUGCGCCUGGCAAUCAACGUGAGCAAUCUCAAGAUUGCGUUCCACCCUUAUGCAAGGGGCAGCAUCAAGUCCAAGUUUGCCUUGUCCUUCCGGGAGUGUCUUGACGGGACAACCUUUGGGCGCCUAUCCAGCCUGAUCCUGGAGGGCAUGUCAUGCGACGAGGAUGACCUCAAGGACUUCCUGGCCAGACACGGCAAGACCUUGACACAUUUGCGACUCGGCGGCCGCGGGCUGGCCAUGCCAUGGGAGGCUUCGAAUGGCGGCAUCCACCUUUACGAAGGGACCUUCAGGUCUCUGCUUGCCGGCCUGCGGCACAGACUUCCCAAGCUGGAGAGGCUGCACCUGGAGGGUGUGCUCGAAUGCGAGCACCGCGACCUCCCCUCGCAUGAAGCAUACAACUUCUAUCCGUUGACAAACGAGGACUGGGAGGACAUUCCGCAGCCAGUCUGGGUCCGCCCCGGUCGGCGACUCAUCAAUUGCUCUCCGUUUGAGCAAUUCGUCAAGACGGGCGGACCUUAUCCGGGAGAUACCCUGAUUCAGCAGAGCUUGUGA